AAUAACCAACGUUGUAGCAUUUCUGUUUUGAAAAAGUAUCACAUCUCUCUACUCUCUUUCUCUCUUUCUCUCUCUCCUCUCAAACAAGGCAGUCAACAAUUAAUCAAACAAAUGGAAGGUGAUCAUCGCGAGGGAUCGUCGUUAACACAACCAUUAGUAGAGUUAGACGAAGCAAACAACAACAUCAACAUCUCAUCAAUUAAAGAAGGCAAUUCUUCAUUCUUCAACACUUGUUUUAAUGGCCUCAAUGCCAUUACAGGAAUUGGAAUACUAUCAGUACCGUAUGCCUUAGCAGCAGGAGGAUGGAUGAGUCUAAUCCUAUUCUUCAUCAUAGCCUUAGCAGCAACAUACUCAGGCCUACUAGUAAAACGAUGCAUGCAGGCCGAUUCAAAAAUCAAAACAUACUCCGAUAUAGGCGAACACGCGUUCGGACGCAUCGGAAAAGUCGUGGUAUCCGCAGUAUUGUACGCAGAUCUGUACAUGGUCGUAACCGGGUUCUUAAUCUUAGAAGGCGAUAAUCUACACAACUUGUUCCCACAAAUGAGUGUUGAAUUACUCGGGUUGACGAUCAAUGGUAACUCGAGCUUCAUUGUUAUGGUUGCCCUGAUUUUGUUGCCUACGGUUUGGUUAGAUGAUCUUAGUAUUCUUGCGUAUGUCUCGGCUGGUGGCGUGGUCGCAUCGUUUGUUAUACUAUUAUCGGUCGUAUGGGUUGGUGCAUUUGAUGGAGUUGGGUUCCAACAUAAAGGGGAAUUGUUUAACUUGAAAGGGUUACCUACGGCUGUUAGUUUGUUUAUGUUUUGUUACAGUGCUCACCCUGUUUUCCCUCCACUAUACACUUCCAUUCAAAAGAAACAUCAGUUUUCUACGGUCUUACUCCUAUGUUUCACAGUAUGCACACUGAGUUACGCAGCAAUGGCAAUCUUAGGGUACGCAAUGUUCGGUCCAGGAGUAAACUCGCAAAUCACAUUAAACCUUCCGACGUCAAAGCUAGCCUCGCAAGUAGCAAUCUACACCACAUUGGUGACUCCAUUAGCAAAAUACGCACUCAUGUUAAAGCCCGUGGCAAUUACAACCGAGAGUUGGUUUCCUACAUACCAGAAGAACAAGUCCUUCAGAAUCUUCAUCAGAACAUUCUUGGUUGCUACACAAGUUAUCGUUGCGUUGUGUAUUCCGUUCUUCGGGUAUCUCAUGUCACUUGUUGGAGCAUUGUUAAGUGCAACUGCAUCUCUUACCAUCCCUUGUGUUUGUUACAUGAAGAUUUCUCGAACUAAAUGGGGUAGUGUUGAGAUGGUUGCUAUCCUAAGUGUUAUAGUCUUGAGUAUUCUUAUUGUUGUUUUUGGUACCUACACUUCUUUGGUCCAAAUCAUUGGGGAAAUCACCACUUCUUGAGGUUAAUUUGGGUUUGAAUAAUUAAUUAAUGCGUAGAUUUUAUGAUUCAUUUGAUUUUUUGAUCAAUUUUGUACGAGUGUUGAAUGGUAUAGAUCGGUCAGUUUAUUUACCGAGAAGAUCUAAACUUGUAAUUUUUCCGUGUUGGAAUUCAUCUUCCAAUACUUUAUGGAUAAAAUUACUACUAUGUAGUUCCAGAAA